GAAAAUUAGGCUGUUAAUGAAGUUUUAAAGUAGAUAUCGGCUUUCAAGAUAAUAUGAUUGAAAUGCUCCUUGAGUCCGAGACACCUAGUUUAAUUGUUAUUAAUUGUGGAUAUCCUAUUACAUUCACUCACGAAUUUCUUAAAUCAAUGUUGCAAUUAGAACAAAAUGGACGCUGAAAAAGACCGCAUGUCGCCUAUAAUGGCUGAAAAAUCCAAGAAUGACAUUCCGAGCCAUAUCGAAACUUCUAAAACCAAACCUAAAUUGUCAUUUGGAAUAAGUCGAAUUCUUAGCAAUUUUGAGGAGAAAAGUGAAACGAUUGAUUCUGACUCUGAAUCAAACGAUGCUGUGGAUCCAAGAGGGAACGAGAUCAAUUGCGAAAAGCAGUCCGGACAAUCUCCCUUUUUCUCCACCCCUCUGUUACCGGGUGCCUUAUCAGCGCCCCCUGUCGGAUACUGCGGGUAUCCCGCGCAGGUCUCAAUUCAUAGACCCCAUCCCAUUAUUCCUAUGUUAACAUCGUAUGGAAUAUCCGGGUGGCUUGAUAUGCGAAGAGACAGAUUUGGUGUGACUCGCCGGAUUGGACAUCCUUAUCAGAAUAGGACUCCACCGAAAAGGAAGAAACCGCGCACUUCGUUUUCUCGUCUGCAAAUCAUGGAGCUGGAGAAAAGAUUUCACCGACAGAAAUACCUAGCCUCAGCAGAAAGGUCUACACUAGCCAAGGCACUGAAAAUGACUGACGCACAAGUCAAAACUUGGUUCCAGAAUCGCAGGACGAAAUGGAGAAGACAGACGGCAGAAGAGCGAGAGGCUGAAAGACAAGCAGCCAAUCGUCUUAUGCUUAGUCUUCAAAACGAGGCGAAUAAAACAAUCUAUGACGUCAGAGACCCUUUGUGCAUGAGUAACUCGUCUUUGCAUGCACUUCAAAAUCUUCAACCGUGGAUGGAUGAAAAUUCUCAGUCGUGAUUGUUACCAGUGUGUGUGUGUGCUGAAAACAACCAUUCCUUCACAUUUAAAGAUAUAUAUAUAUAUAUAUAUAUAUAUAUAUAUAUAUAUAUAUCGUCAUUAGUUAUAUAAUUAUAUUGAAUGACGUCAGCGGAUAUAUGGGAAUUUCCUAUAUUGAGUUUAUCAUAUGCUAUGAUAUAAUACAAUUAAUAUAUCGUUCUUUAUAUAUAUCCACUACUUCCUCAUAUUGGGCAUCUUUCCAAUGAUUGUCUUGUAAAUGCUUCGUCAUUAAAUUUGAUUAAUUGUA